CUAUACAGCAGUAUGUUAUUAGUGUGUAUAUAAUACCAUAGGCCUAUGACAAUUUCAACAUUUGUUUUGCGUGUUUCCAGAUAUGUUUAUAGCUACAGUCAUUCUCCGCAUCGAGCUUGCAUGUCAAGUCCUGACUGACGGCGGUUUUCAUAAUCCAUCAGCAUUCUUCUAGGAACGCCCGGAGAAGACGAAAAGACCAGGAGAGUUAUGGCUGGAAGUACUUCGUGCGUUAAGGUGCCAGAGGUGCGUGAGGAUUCUUGUGCAUGCCGAAACUACAACCUCACAACUACUGAACCAUUACUCGAUUUGCCACCCAAGCUACCAGAUAUUACCAAGUUCGACUUCACGAAAUGCAUGCCGGGGUGGACCUGUGACCCGGUGAUUCCACAUUGCGCACCGUGCCCUCCGAAUGAAACCACUACCAGAGUGCCACCGAUUACUGUUGAAACGCAACAGACCGCUACUGGAACGCCACAGAUUGCUACUGGAACGCCACAGAUUGCUACUGGAACGCCACAGAUUGCUACUGGAACGCCACAGAUUGCUACUGGAACGCCACAGAUUGCUACUGGAACGACACAGACACCUGUCACCGUAAAUGUGACCAUCCAGCCACGCUGCACCACAGCGGGCUGUCCUUGGUUAUUGCUUCUGCCUCUGUUGCUGAUCUUCCUGAUCGCAGCCAUUGUGUACCGAAUAUGGCAACUUUACCACCACAAGGAAAACAGCAUUGCCGAAUCUUCCAACGACCCGCCAACUUCACCAGAAAUAUGUAAUUACAAAAUCCGUUUCGAUGAAAAGGCCAGUAAACCACACAAAGUUCCAACUGAAUUACCUGCACUCGCCCAUAAAAACCUAGUAUACGAAAAUGAGAACGAGGCUGAGCUGGCUGAUCCUAUGGAGGAAGUGCUCCCGACUAGUAUUAAGGGAGUCGGCGUAACCACCAAAGAUGAAACUAGAGGGUCGGGGAGCGCAGCCGAAGAGGCCAUCAAACUCGAGCUCGAGGUUGACCAAAACAAUGAGCCACCUGAGGAAAAGACUGAAGAUAAGAGUAGUAAAAGACGCCGUAAAAAGGUCACUAGUACAAAGGGGAAUGCUGCAAAAUAGGCCGAACCAAAUUUGUAAAAAGUGACCUUUAAAAAGAUAUUACAUUGUGAGUUAAUCGACUAGGUUCUCAUUUAAUACUCGUUCAAUAAGUGUUUGUACUGUAUGUUCUCCGGGUUUUUUUUUUUCAAAAAAAAAAUAAUGCAUUUGGACUGUUGGAAAGACAACGUCAAAAUCGGUUUUAUUUUAAUUUCUUCUUUCACCACAAACAAAAGGUUGCCUUUAAAAAGAUAACAAUAUGUGUUAAUAAUCGACUGUGUUCUCGUUUACUGGUCCUUCCAUUAUAUAUACGUCAUCAUUUACUAAUCCUUCAAUUAUUUACUUUCCAUAGGUUUACAGAAAACUUCUGCAGACUACAUUUUUGCACUUUAGUGUUGGUACAUGUAGGUUUUGAUAACACAAAUGUGGAAAUUAUGAAAAACCGGAGGCCGUUUUUAUGUGGUUUGAGCGAUACAAUUUAACAUUGUGGAAAAGGAGGUGAAAAUAAAUGUGCAGUAGUGCUAUCCUACAAAACA